GCGUACGUGCAGGCUGGACUCGCUCUGACGCAACCGUGUGGGCGGAGCAACGGGCGACAUCAACAAAAGGAAAAGAGGAAAAAAAAGCUUCAGAAACAGAAACAGACAGAAGGACGAGGAGACAACAAUGUCCAUCUAACAUUUCAGGAUUUGAAUUGUUGAUACAGCUCAAGUCUCGACAUGGAGGCCAUCAAACUCAUGAAGGAACUGAAGGCGAACUUCGAACAGGAGAUAAAGUAUCUUCCGAAGGAGUCGGGGCUGAGUUUGAUCGAGUCCACCACUGAGCAGGGGAAGGGAAUCUCUGCAAAAUGUCGCGAUGCCAAAGUAGAGGACCUCUGGAGCUUGACCAGCUUCUUUGGUUACAGCACUCAGACCUUCGUCCUGGCUGUUAAUCUGCUGGACAGGUUCCUAGCUCUGAUGAAGGUUCAACCCAAACAUUUAGCUUGCAUCAGUAUCAGCUCCCUCCACAUUGCCGCCAAAGUUGUGGAGGAAGAGUGCAACGUUGCCUCCACACACGAGCUGAUCCGCAUCGGCCAGUGCAAGUUUACAGUGUCUGACCUCAGCAGGAUGGAGAAGAUCAUCUCCGAGAAACUCAACUUCCAGUUCAAAGCCGUCACAGCCUUAACCUUCUUACACCUGUACCACGCAAUUGCACUGUCACAUACCUCACUCAGGAAAGAAAUCCUGAACCUAGACAAGCUGGAAGCCCAGCUCAAAGCCUGCCUUUGCCGUAUUGUUUUUUCCAAAGCAAAACCAUCGGUGUUAGCUUUGUCCCUCCUGACCCAGGAGAUCGAGGCCUUGCAGUGUGCUGACCUGAUAGAAAUCGGCAGGCGCAUUCAGACACACUUGCGGAUAUCUGAGCCAGAGCUCCAGCGUUGGAGAGGGCUGGUGGGUCAGUGCCUCGCACAGUAUGCCUCCCCAGAAUGUGCCAAACCAGACCACAGGAAGCUGGUGUGGAUUGUUUCCCGUCGGACUGCCCAGAACCUCCACAGCAGCUACUACAGCGUCCCCGAACUCCCCACAAUCCCAGAGGCCAGCUGGGACGAGAGCGAGAGCGAGGACUGGGGUGAAGAUAUGAGCUCUGGUGAGGAGUCUCUCAGCAGUUCGCUGGGCAGCGACGCGGAGGGGCCCUACUUCCCUGUGCACUUCCGCAAGUUUGCCCGCAAGCAGCAACCUGUCUAAACCACCCAGCAAGCAGCAGAGCGCAGCUACCCAAUCAAAGGCCUUUCUAGCGUUCCACAGGAAGGAACCUCUACUGUGGCAGCUUGGCCUUUAGCAGCCUCACAAGAGUUUGUUCAAGCUUCCAUCUGUAACAGCAGCAACCACCCCAACCUCUCCCGAGUAAAGAGCCACUGUGCCUGGGUUCCAAACAAUAAGCUACUCUCAAGAACCCAACACGAUCUAAUUUACGACAAGGGUCGCUCCACUUCUGCGUUCAUUAUUGAUUCUUCUUCCGUUUUUUCUUGUGGUUUUUAAAGUAAACAAAAACACAAACAAUUGCACAACACAGGCAGCUAAAUAGCUCAUAAUUACAGUCUGAAAUGUAAAAAGAAAAGAAAGUUUUAGCCGUAGUGUGUCUAGUACAUUGGUGCACGUUCAGAUUUGUCACAUUCCAGGAGAUGCGGCCAAAUACAUCAUCCAAGAUCAACUAGACUGUUAGGAGACAACUUAGGACUGUUGAGAUCGGGGUGAUCGCUCCAAGAACCCGUACUUUGCACAGUUUUGUAUAGCGAUUGCUGCGGAUAAACAGCAGCAGGACUAUGCACCCUCCAUAAAUGGUUACAUCACCAUUCUGAAUGUGUCCAGCUUGUUCAGACAUCCAGGUUGUGUUUAGUUGUGGAGUGCGAGUGUGUGUAUGCAUGGGUCUGUAUGUGAGUGUAAUGUUUUAACUCGUACACUUGCCAAAUUAGAAGGUUAGGUUAAAGUUAGCCCAAAAGUGUCUGUAUGGAGUAACACAGUAAUAAAUGUUGAAUGUGUGUGUUUGUGUCAAAAACAAAGUGUAAAAAAAAUGGCAUAAAAUGUAAAAAUGUUGAUACAAAAAAUGUAAAUUUGUAUAAUGUAAAAAAAAAAAAAAAUCUGUAUAGUACUGUAGAUAUUAACUUAUUUAUUAUUGUUAUUUUUGUCAUGUUAUAUUAAACAAACAAUAUUUUGAAA